AAUUCGGAGAACUCUGCUCCUUAUUACUCGAUACUGGUCGACCCCGGCAAAGGUGGCGGACCCCUUUUGUCCUGACUGACCCGAGGCGGAGGGUCCAAGGAGCUCCAGUCACAGACGAGCGCGGACGCCGUGGGAAAAGAGAUGGAGCUCAGAGUGACACUUGAAGCCCUUUUUCUGAUGGCUGUCUUUCAUUUCCCAGGAUGUCAACAGGAAGAAACAUUUGAAAUUAUUGUCCCUAAUAAUCCUGUUGUUGGCAUUGCUGGGAAAUCUGUCAUCCUCCCGUGCCGCAUCUCUCCGGCUUUAAGUGCAGUGGACAUGGAGAUCACUUGGUCAAGAAACUCUGAGCUUAUAUACGGCUAUUCAAGUGGAGCGGAGAAGAUCGAUCAGCAUUGGAAUGGCAGGGUGGGACUGUUCACGGAUGAGCUACAAAAUGGCAACGUAUCUCUGAGGUUACAAGAUGUGCGAGUCUCUGAUCAGGGCUCAUACACCUGCAAUGUCCUGACAUCGACUUAUUUCAGAGAUGGAACGUUUGCAUUAGAUGUUGUAGGUAAGCAGAAAUAAUGUUUUCGGGAAACAGAUUAAGUCAGAUUAUGUCUUAUAUUGCUUUAUAAAUUAAAUUCUAUCUGACCUAGCAUCAAGAGGACAUAUUGGGUCUUAAAAUGAUGUAGUCAUGUUAAGUAAUUAGUGUCUUUUCACCCUUAAAGGAGAGAACUGUUUGUAAUUUAAGCUUACCAGUUACCAAUGAAAAAGCUGUAGUUGUUGAUUAAAUUAUUUUGUGUAUUUAGGACAUUUGUUAAUAUACUGCAUUGUUUUUAAAUGAAUGUUUUAUUUUAAUUCAAUGUGUUAUUGACUGUCGUUCCAAGUAUCCAUUCCUGAAUCCCUAGUCACUGUCUGUGUGGAGUUUGCAUGUUCACCCCGUGAUCAUGUGGAGUUUUCCUCUCAUCCCAAAGACAUGAAAGUUUAUCUAACUGGAGACUCUAAAUCGACCAAGUAUGAGUGUGUGUGCGUUCUGAGAUAAACAGGAAUGCUAUCUAGAAAUGAUGCUUGUCCCGUGCUUGAUUCUGCAAUGAUAGGCU